AUGCCAUCUGUUCGUGGUGUACGUCAACUGCGCCGGGCUAAACAGGGUCGAUCUUCGGGCCCCGUAAAGCCGGUUCACGCAAAGGACGUUUUUUCAACGCCUCCUCUCAUGCCUAGAUCACUGGCUUCCUCACCUGACGUCCUCCAAACGGAUAUGUCUAACUCCAAGGGCUCUGCCUCAAACUACGGUUGCAUCAGUCUCCAAAUUCACAUCCUUACUCCACCCUUUAUUCAUCUGACCGUACCCGGCAGCCCUGACCAGCCCUGCACCACCCACUCGCUAUUAAAGCGCGUUAUGCGCCGAUAA